ACCCGACACUCAGCACCGGGGCCCUGCUGCUCAUUCAGAGAAUGAUCUUCCAGAGCAGGAGGAAGAAAUCCUGGGAUCAGAUGACGACGAACAAGAGGAUCCAAAUGACUACUGUAAAGGUGGUUAUCACCUUGUGAAAAUAGGAGAUCUAUUUAAUGGACGAUACCAUGUGAUUCGGAAGCUUGGAUGGGGCCACUUCUCCACUGUGUGGCUAGCUUGGGACAUCCAAGGGAGGAGAUUUGUGGCAAUGAAGGUGGUGAAGAGUGCAGAGCACUACACAGAAACAGCACUGGAUGAAAUCAAGUUGCUAAAAUCGGUCCGCAACAGUGAUCCAAAUGAUCCAAGUAAAGAGCGAGUGGUUCAGUUAUUGGAUGACUUCAAGAUUUCAGGAGUUAAUGGUUCUCAUAUCUGUAUGGUGUUUGAAGUUCUAGGGCAUCAUCUCCUGAAGUGGAUCAUCAAGUCAAAUUAUCAGGGGCUUCCACUUCCUUGCGUCAAAAAGAUCAUCAAACAGGUUCUUCAGGGUCUGGAUUACUUGCACACAAAAUGUCGAAUCAUUCAUACAGAUAUUAAACCUGAGAACAUUCUUCUCUGCGUUAACGACCAGUAUAUCCGCAGACUGGCUGCAGAAGCAACAGAGUGGCAGAGAUCUGGGGCUCCUCCACCAUCUGGCUCUGCAGUGAGCACUGCACCACAGCCAAAACCAGCUGACAAAAUGUCAAAGAACAAAAAAAAGAAGUUGAAAAAGAAGCAGAAACGGCAGGCCGAGCUGUUAGAGAAGCGAAUGCAAGAGAUAGAGGAAAUGGAGAAGGAAGCAAGCCCUGGGCAGACCCAGCCCGAUGAGGAGGAAGAAGCUCAGAGCCCUCUGGAAAUGCUCAUAAAAGUUAGUCCACCAGAGGAAAACGUCAGCAAAAAGACAGCCGAAGUCGUCGUACAAGAGCAAUCCAUUGUAAUGGAAAGCAGCGUGGAAAAAUGCGUAACAGAAAUAAACUGCAACGGAGUGAUACAAAUGACGGACUUCCCAGACUCCGGCAAUCAAGGGUCUGUGCGGCUUGAGGACGACCUUCAUAACGCCAAUGACUCUGGUGAUCACCCUGGCACGCAGAAGGAGGAGAACUUCCACAGUUGUAACUACGGUCAGUGCAACGGUGACCCGGAGAACAGGCCUCCAGAAGCCAUGUCGGACUCGUUCGUGCCCUUAGUUUCAGAAGAUUCCAUGGUGUGUCAGCCCACGUCCAACGAAGAGCGAUCGCUCAGUGAGCAGGAGAUGAACCAUUUGCAAGAAAGCAUCCGGACAGAGACACCUUCAGAGGACGAGAAUGAGAAUAACAGCCCAUCAGACAACAAAGGAAAAUCAACUGCUGGGAAUUUCCUUCUUAAUCCUCUUGAGCCCAAGAAUGCAGAUAAGCUCAAAGUGAAGAUAGCUGACCUAGGAAAUGCCUGCUGGGUGCACAAGCACUUCACUGAGGACAUCCAGACAAGACAGUACCGCUCCCUGGAGGUGUUGAUAGGGUCGGGGUACAACACUCCUGCCGACAUCUGGAGCACGGCGUGCAUGGCCUUUGAGUUGGCAACAGGAGACUAUCUCUUCGAGCCUCACUCUGGGGAAGAUUACUCACGGGAUGAAGAUCACAUUGCAUUGAUCAUAGAACUUCUGGGGAAGAUACCUCGCAAGCUCGUUUUGGCAGGAAAAUAUUCCAAGGAGUUUUUCACCAAAAAAGGUGAUCUGAAGCACAUCACCAAACUGAAGCCCUGGGGCCUUUUCGAAGUCUUGGUGGAAAAAUACGAGUGGUCCCAAGAUGAGGCAGCUGCAUUCACAGACUUCUUAUUACCAAUGUUGGAGCUGAUGCCAGAGAAACGAGCUACAGCAGCAGAGUGUCUCAGGCACCCCUGGCUUAACUCAUAGAGGCUUCAACCCAACAGUCCUACACUCUGGUUUACAGCAUAGCGUACACGCACCCAGCUGCCCCUUCCCACAUCCUUUUUUUUUUUUUUUUUUUUUCUUUCAAGGCUUCCCAAUUUUUUGAUAAAAUUCCUGCUGAGUUUGCUUGUGUGACUCAAUGGGGGACUCUCCUCAGCCAGUGGGCAUCAUCUGUGUUUCACCUCAAUUG